AUGCUUCAGAAGACUGGAGAGCCACCGCUAAUAAAUGGUUGGAUUCCUUACCUUGGGAAGGCUUUGAUUUUUAGAAAAGAUGCUUUCAAAUUCUUACUGGAUCAGCAAAAGAAACUUGGAGAUAUUUUCACUGUACAUAUUGCUGGUAGAUAUAUUACCUUUAUCAUGGACCCAUUUCAAUAUGUCUAUGUCAUCCGAAAUAGCAAGCAACUUGAAUUUCAUGAAUUUGCUGAUAAAAUGGCUUCCAAAACUUUUGACUACCCAGCCUUGUCGAAUGGAAAAUUCCCCGAUCUCAAGGAAAACCUGCACAGAAUCUACCAGUAUCUUCAAGGCAAGCCUUUGGAUAUAAUUUCUGACCACAUGAUGAAAAAUCUCCAGGAUAUAUUUGAAUGGAAAUGCUCACAAGCAACAGAUUGGGAAACAGAAAAAAUGUACAAAUUCUGCUGCUCUGUAAUGUUUGAAGCCAGUUUUGUAACACUGUAUGGAAGAGUUCCUGCUGCAGAUGGCCACAAAGUUAUUAGUGAAAUCAGAGACAAAUUUAUCAAGUUUGAUGCCAGCUUUCCCUAUUUAGCUGCAAACAUACCAAUUGAGUUGCUAGGAGCUACCAAGAAGGUUCGGAAGGAGCUUAUACAUCAUUUUUUACUUCAGAACAUGACAAAAUGGCUGGGAGGGUCAAAAGUGGUCCAAGCCAGACAAGAUAUAUUUGAGAAAUAUGAGCUGCUUGGAGAUUAUGACAAAGCAGCACAUCAUUUUGCCUUCCUGUGGGCCUCUGUGGGAAACACGAUUCCAGCUACAUUCUGGGCCAUGUAUUAUCUUCUGCGGCACCCAGAAGCUCUUGCAGCGGUGCGUGACGAGAUUGACCAUUUGCUGCAGUCAACAGGUCAAAAUAGAGGGCCCACAUAUAACAUCCACCUCACCAGAGAACAAUUGGACAACCUGGUCUACCUAGAAAGUGCCUUAAACGAGAGUUUACGAAUGUGCUCGUCCUCCAUGAACAUUCGGAUCAGCCAGGAGGAUUUUGUGCUCAAGCUCGAAGGGAAUCAAGGAGUCGGUUUGAGGAAAGGAGACUGGAUAGCCCUUUACCCGCAGAUUUUGCACAUGGACCCUGAGGUCUAUGAAGAUCCUAAGGAGUAUAAGUUCGAUCGAUACAUAGAGAAUGGCAAGAAGAAAACCACGUUCUACAAAGCAGGAAGAAAACUGAAGUAUUUCCUAAUGCCCUUUGGCUCUGGGAUCAGCAUGUGUCCAGGGAGGUUCCUUGCAAUGAAUGAGAUGAAGAUGUUUCUUUUCCUACUGCUGGCUCAUUUUGAUGUAGAACUAGUGGAAAACAAAGCUGUCAGACUUGAUAACAGUCGUAUGGGCCUUGGUAUACUUCUGCCAGACGUUGAUAUUGACUUUCGUUACAGGCUAAGGUCCUUAAGAAAGUGAGCAGCUGCCUAUAUGCCUUCUACUAAUCUCUUAUGUUUUUUGCUGUUUCCUCUUUCAGCUUUGUCUUUCUGGAAAUGUUUGCUUUUACCUCCUAAGUAUUUGUUUCUAAGGAGAAAAGCUCUUGAGCUAGAGGUAGAUGUCAGAUGUGGGGACAUCCAACCUCAGUUUGUCCUGCCUGAGCUGUGAGUGGUGAAUUGAGAUAAGAGUUUGGCCACGUAAAUAGCCUAAAGUCCCUACAAGAUGGACCCCAAUACUCUUGGCCAUGAGCAGAGUAGGAUUUACAGGG